GCAGCUCUGUCCGGCCAGCGGCAGAGGGGAUGUCCUACUAACUUCCACCAACAAAAAAAAAAACUUUCUAGAAACUUUCAGUCCAACAGAAAAAAUACACUGACUGACUGACUGACAAAGUGUCGCAACUCGCCUCACUCCUGCGUUAAUGAAACUUUUAGAAGUGUUUUUAUUCUUUUGAACUAAAACAGAGGCUGCACAUCCACUUUGAUAACUGUUGAAUGAGCCGCAAUUGCGUAGAGAGUUUUCUUCCAAUUUUUUGUCCUUAUUUUUAAUUUGACGGUGGAAUAAAGUUAUUUCUUCAUCACUAAAAGACUCGUGAUGGCUGUCCUAUCACUAGCGUUACUACUCCUAGGAUUUGUAUUGACUUCAGCUGACAAGGCUGGUGAAGUAGAUAGACAGGACCAGCUGAGAAGCCGUCUAAAGGAAUAUGGCCUGGUCACUCCCUUCAGCACCGACUCUCAUGGACACUACCUGUCACACCUGCUCUCUGCCACGCACAAGCAGCGUGUCAAGAGGGAGGUGUUUUCUUCUGGUGAAGCUGAACAGACACUUUUCUUUAACAUCUCCGCCUUCGGGAAGGAGUUCCACCUCCGUCUGCGUCCUAAUAACAGACUGGUGGCGCCGGGCGCGAUGGUGGAGUGGCACGACGAGAUUCAAGGCUUCGGGAACGCCAGCGCCGGUGACGAUGCCAGUAUGGGCGCCAACCAGACUGAAGCCACCAGCAGGGCAGAGAGGAUACUGCACCGUGAGCUACUAAAGACAGACUGCACCUUCAUCGGUGACAUCACAGACGUUCCCGGGGCCUCGGUUGCCAUUAACAACUGUGACGGACUGGCUGGGAUGAUCCGCACCGAGUCAGACGAGUACUUCAUCGAGCCGCUGGAGAGGGGGACUCAGGAGCUGGAGGACCAGGGCCGGGUCCAUGUGGUUUACCGCAGGUCAGCUCUGGUGCAGGCUCCCUCUGACAUCUCUGUGGACUACCAGCUACAAGAACCAGAGCUGGAUGUACCUGGGACCCUGGACUCUGUAGCCCGGCAGGUCAAUGAGACUGUCCUCCGCCGUCGUCGCAGAGAUGCCGGGGAGGACGACUACAACAUUGAAAUCCUGCUGGGAGUUGAUGACUCAGUGGUUCGGUUUCACGGCAAAGAGCACGUGCAGAAUUACCUCCUCACUCUUAUGAAUAUCGUGAAUGAGAUUUACCACGACGAAUCCCUGGGAGUCCACAUCAACGUGGUCCUGGUGAGGAUGAUCAUGCUGGGGUAUGCCAAGUCCAUCAGCCUCAUUGAAAGAGGCAACCCAUCAAGGAGCCUAGAGAAUGUGUGCCGCUGGGCAUUUGUGCAGCAGAAAGGCGACCCUGAUCACGCCGAGCACCACGACCACGCAAUUUUCCUCACUCGCCAAGGCUUCGGCCCCACGGGGAUGCAGGGUUAUGCUCCAGUCACAGGAAUGUGCCACCCAGUCCGGAGCUGCACCCUCAACCAUGAAGACGGCUUCUCCUCAGCGUUCGUUGUGGCUCACGAGACCGGACAUGUGUUGGGUAUGGAGCACGAUGGCCAAGGCAACCGCUGCGGGGACGAAACGGCGAUGGGAAGCGUGAUGGCUCCUCUGGUGCAGGCGGCCUUCCAUCGAUACCACUGGUCCAUGUGCAGCGGACAGGAGCUGAAGAGAUACAUCCACACGUACGACUGUCUCUUGGACGACCCCUUCAAACACGACUGGCCGCAACUUCCUGAACUUCCUGGCAUCAACUACUCGAUGGAUGAGCAGUGUCGAUUUGACUUUGGAGUGGGCUAUAAGAUCUGCACCUCAUUUCGUACAUUUGACCCAUGUAAACAGCUGUGGUGCAGUCACCCGGACAACCCUUACUUCUGCAAAACCAAAAAAGGGCCGCCUCUCGAUGGGACGGAAUGUGCUCCUGGAAAAUGGUGCUACAAAGGUCACUGUAUGUGGAAAAACCCUAAUCAGGUCAAGCAAGAUGGCGCCUGGGGCUCCUGGAGCAAAUAUGGCUCCUGCUCGCGCUCCUGUGGAACUGGAGUUCGCUAUCGGACACGUCAGUGCAACAACCCGGCGCCCUCUAACGGUGGCCAGGACUGCCCUGGAGUGAACUACGAGUAUCAGCUGUGCAACACUGACGACUGCCCCAAGCACUUCGAAGAUUUCCGAGCCCAGCAGUGCCAGCUCCGCAACUCCCACUUUGAAUUCCAAAAUGCCAAACACCAUUGGCUGCCCUACGAGCAUCCCGACGCCAACAAGAGAUGCCACUUGUACUGCCAGUCAAAGGAGACAGGAGACGUGGCGUACAUGAAGCAGCUGGUGCAUGAUGGGACACGAUGCUCCUACAAAGAUGCCUACAGUGUCUGCGUGCGUGGAGAAUGUGUGAAAGUUGGCUGCGACAGAGAGAUUGGCUCCAACAAAGUUGAGGACAAAUGUGGCGUUUGUGGUGGGGACAACUCCCACUGCCGCACCGUUAAAGGAACUUUCACCCGAACGCCAAAGAAACCUGGGAAGACCAGAGGAGCCUUCUCUUUGCCCAAAGGAGCCCGAAAUGUGUAUUUAAAUGAAACAGAAGACUCUAGAAAUGUACUUGCAAUCAAGAACCAGGCAACAGGGCAUUACAUCCUCAACGGGAAAGGAGAGGAGGUCCAGUCUAGAAGCUUUAUCGACUUGGGCGUGGAGUGGCACUACAUCAUCGAGGACGACGUGGAGACGCUGCACACUGACGGACCUCUGCAUGACCCUGUGGUGGUUCUGAUUAUACCCAAAGACAAUGAAACACGGUCUACUUUGAUGUACAAGUACAUCAUCCAUGAAGAUUCAGUGCCUGUCAACAACAACAAUGUGAUCCAGGAGGACACGUAUGAGUGGGCUCUGAAGAGCUGGUCUCCAUGUUCUAAGCCUUGUGCCGGAGGGUUUCAGUACACCAAGUAUGGAUGUCGAAAGAAAGGAGACACCAAGAUGGUCCAUCGAGGCUACUGCGACGCCAGCAAGAAGCCAAAGCCCAUCCGCAGAAUGUGUAACCUUCAGGACUGCACACAGCCUCAGUGGAUCUCAGAGGAAUGGGAGCAUUGUACCAAAACCUGCGGCAGCCUGGGCUUUCAGAUCCGAACCGUUCGCUGCGUGCAGUUGCUCCACGAGGGCACAAACCGCUCCGUUCACAGCAAGUACUGCAGCGGGGAGAAGCCAGAAAGCAGGAGGCCCUGUAACAGAGUCCCAUGUCCUGCCCAGUGGAGGACCGGAGCGUGGUCAGAGUGCUCUGUGACCUGUGGAGAGGGGAUGGAGAGGCGUCUGGUCACUUGCCGAAUUGGAGAUCAGUGUAACGGAGAAAAACCUGAGACCGUGAGACCGUGCAGACCGGGAUCCUGCCAUGAUGAGCCAUGUAAUGGAGACAAAUCCAUCUUCUGCCAAAUGGAGGUCCUAGCGCGAUACUGCUCUAUUCCAGGCUACAACAAACUGUGCUGCGACUCCUGCAGCAAGCGCAGUGGAGCUUCAUCUCUAUUCUCGGAGGCGACUGAGACGGAGGAGCAUGUCCGCUUCGGAUCCGCCUCCCAGCUGUUAGAGACAUUAACAGCCUCAGCAGUGGCCAACAGCACUCGCAGUGGUAAACACGGCUCAGGCAAAGGAUCCGCCACAUUAGGCAAUGCUGCAAAAUAUGUCACCACCCCUCCCCCGCUUAAGAAAACCCUGUCGAAGAUCACCACUGCACCACGGCGGGUCCGACGACACAUGGGGCUCACUGACAGGAAGCUGCCCGCUAUCGGCACAUCUCCUCCAGGAAGUCCCACAGAUGGUCAAAGGUCGAGCAGCUUGAAAGAUAGUCGGUGGCCUACUGAGUAUUCUAAAGUGGAGAGAUGAAAGUGAUGCCCUUCCCCUUCAGGACUCUUAAUGUACAGCAGAUAAUCCAGCUUCAUCCUGAGUCUUCUCACGCCAUAAAACACCACCGAGAGACAAACAGUGAGAGAAAGAAAGAAAAGUGCUGGUUCACUUUUUUGUUAAGAAUUUUCCAUCCCUUACAGGGAGCUCCCAGGGUAUAUUAUUACUUAAACAGCCAUGUUGCUUUGCUUUCAUACAUUUCUUUGAGAGGAGAAAACAAUACAAUAAUUUUAAUGUAAAGGGGGCCCAUGGUCCGAAGGGAAUUUUCAUCCGUGUCAAAUGAACAGCUUGAAAACGCAGCGCUGGUAGUUCAUUGUGAAUCAUUUUACAAAAUAGCCAAAGGACAGAUUAAUAUUCAAAAUAAGUAUUUAAAAUACGACACUGGCUCCUAACUCUUAACAGUAGAUAUACUAUAUUACAAAGAAAUGGUUGCUUAAAUCCAACCCAACCUUUUAACCCAGUGACUCUUGAAGCUUCCUUUUGAUGUCAGCUACCGUGACAGGUUCAGGAAGGUGUCUGUAUUUCCCCUCUGAUUGGUCUUUUCUCUGGUCUUGUAAUUUAAUGAAUCGGGCCCCUUGUGUCUGCAGAGUGUUGCAACAGGUCCUCUGGCAAAUCCUCAGCAGCGACAAGGGAGAAAAUGUCAACAGGUGCAGUCCUAACAGCUGAUUUAAUUUGUGAAAAUGUAUGCAGACUGCACAAGUAGAACUCAGAACAUAUACUUUUGGCCGUGUAAAAAAAAAAAAAACACGGCUUGAUUAACAUUGCAUAACAGCAUGAUGCAACUAAUGAAACACUUCCAUGUCAAAUCUGUAGACUGGAUGGGAGAUUUAAUGUUUCUAUAAAUUUGAAGUGGAAGAUGAUGGAGACAAAGUUGGGACAAUUUAAAACGGAUCAUCUGAUGCAGCUGAAAAUUCCCUUUUUACUUGAAUGUUACAAACUGCCAUUUUCUUGCCAAAAAAUGUAAGUGUGAAGCUUGACUAGUAGAGAAUUAAAUUGUCCCAGUACUUGAGGAGUCACUGCAUGUACUAAAUCAAACACCGGACUUCAUUUGACCACAUAUGGAAAGUGGCCAAACCAGUAAAAACCAUUAAAAUAAUGGUUUUAGUUGUAUAGAUUUUUUUUUUUUAAAUAUCCAGUAAUGUCUGUUAAAUGGCCCUCUACAGUUUCUAUGGAAAUGGGUAUUUAUAAAGGUUCCUGUAAAUACUGUACAUGAAAAUAUCAGUAUUAUUUUAAGAAGCUGAGGAUGCCAUUUUAAUCAACUAUAAUAACAUAUAUAUCAUUCCUAAUGUUUACAGUUUCAGCACGAUGUGUUACAUGGACAUAAACAACUCUCUGACUCUUAAUGCUGUUGCAAAGUUCUCUGGGGAAUGUUUUAAAAGAAUAGUUCAACAUUUUCAGAAAUAUCCUUGUUUGCUUGCUUGCUGAUAGUAAAAUAUGAAGAUUGAUAGCACUUUCAUAUCUCUGCUGUACAUAUAAAGCAUUCAGACAGUAGACGUUAGCUUAGCAUAAAUACUGGAAGCAGGGGAAACAGCUAGUCUGGCUUCGUCCAAAGUUUAAAAAAAACGCCUACCUACACCUCUGAAGCUCACUCAUUAUGUAAUCUUGUUUGUUUAAUCUGUAUAAACCUGACAUGUAAAAAACAACACUAAAAGGUUUUGUUACCUUUUGACAGAGCCAGGCUAACUGUCCCUCUAUUUCUAGUUAUUGUGCUAAGCUAACCAUCUCAUGGCUGUCACUUCAUGUUUACUACGCAGACAUAAGAAUGGUGUUCAUGUCCUCUGCUAACUUUUGGCAAGAAAGCAAAUAAGCACAUUUGCCCAAAUGUCAAACUAUUCCUUUAAGAAGUAUCUUAUACACAUUACUUCAUCCCAGCCUUUACCUUUUUUCUAAAUCAGAAGUUUGAACGGUGCUAGCCCUCGACCUUUCCAACUCAUUGUAUUGCCCUCCUUGUGGAAGUUUUUGCCCAGAAAGGUUGAAGCUGUUAGGUCAAAGAAGGGAACUAAAUAAGGAAUGUAUUUAACAAGUGUUCUUAAUACUGUAUGUUAUAUACAGCAGGUGCUAGUUCAGCUUGAACAGACUAAAAAAAGGAAGUGAAAAUUCCACCAUGCAACUAAAAUGAAACUUCUACUUUGAUGUGACCAUGAAAAAUGCAAACACUCAUCUUGAAAAUGAUUUUUAGUGUUGGAUUUGCAGGUUAUUUUCUAUAGCGACAUAAACUGUCGAAUUUCAAUUCACUUAAAGCUGCAUUAAGCAUUUUUUUUACCACUAGGGGGCAGAAAGACUCCCAAACAAACUCACAUAGUUGCAUAUUUUACACAUCGAGCAGAAAGAGAGCAACAGGAAUCACAGUUCUGUCCACCCGAUGAAUUUAAAUCCAGCAUUCACUCUCCUUUUAGCUCUGUUUUGGUCUCUACCAACUUCUGAGGGAAGCUACUCGUGUAUUUCCGCUCUCUGCUGUUUGGUGCUAACAUACACUCAUCUUUUUGAUUUGAUCUGUGGAAGUUGAGGAGAGCCAAAUCAAUGUGCUAAAAGCGGUGUAGUGAUGCAGGUGUUCAGGUGGUUCAGCGCUGUUACAUUACAUAGAGUCGUUUGAUUCAAUUUUAAUAAACAAAUCUCGCUUAAUGGAGCUUUAAGGUCAUCACGCCCAUACAUAUUCAGUUUGAACAAGGUUUUAUUGUACAUUUUGUGUUUGCAGGAACAAAGCCUCAUUUUAAGCACGUUAAAAUGUACUGUAUGUGGAACAUACAAUAGUAUUUUCUAAAUGGCUUUUUUAUGGUGUAAGAAGGUUCAGGAGAGAGAAAGCUAUUUAUUUGAAAAAAAAAAGGAUUUCCUCACAACCACCAUGCAUCUGACUGCAAUAGCAAAGACACAGUUUUGUGUUUUCAGCAAAGAAAUAACUAUUCACACUCACUUCUGUGUGCCAAUGUAUAGUACAUGUAUAUAGCAUUGAGUACAUGAAUAUUUAUUGAAAGUUAAAGCUUUGUUUUUACAGUAUUUGCAGUGUCAGCUGGUCAAUAAGCUGCAGCACAUAAACCAUUGAGUCACAUUAAUCACCAUUUUUCUUCCACAUUUUCAAAUUUUAAAUAGAUUUCUACUUCUAUUUUAAAACACAUGAUAGAGUAGGAAUUACAUUGUUUUUUGCAAACAAUUAGAUGUAAAUAUACAUGCUCAAUUUUGAGAUGUUUUACUCGUUGUCAGAAAGCUGUCUUUUCACAGCUGUUUCGUAGAAGUUGUUAACACAGCUGUUACAUCACAGCGAAGUGUACUGACCAGACAAAUGCUUUAUUUUAACCAAUAAAACAUUAAUAGUGUAGUACCAGAAAACCAGUAAUGUUGUUUUGUAUGCUGUUUGUAGAUGUCAGUAUUUUCUAACCAUUUUACAAAGUUUCUUCCCCUGUUCUUUUCACGCCCUUUACUUGCUGCCUAUACAACAUUGCUGCUAAUGUUAUACAGAGCUUGUAAUGAUAAAAUAGGGUAGUUGUAGAUGUUACAUUGACAAUCCCUGAGCCUCAGACAGAUAUUACUGCAUAGGAUUCUCCAUGUACUGUAUCAAUACCCCUGUGCUAUCCGUGCAUUGAAGUAUUACGAUUGUCAUGACUGUCAGUCACUCUCUGCUCUAUUCGCUUUUCUAUGUAUUUGUGUAGAUUGAAGUGUACACUACUGAUGCUGUUUGUUGUAAUGGGGAGCACAUAGCAAUAAAAGAUAUGAAUAACUA